AUGCCCUCCCCCUCCACACCCCCUACACCAACUCCUCCCCUGAACCCCACCCUCGACAUCGAAAAACUCCCCUCCAAUAUCCCCUCAACAACACCCCCAGGCCCCGCCCCAGACGGCGGUCCAACCGCCUGGCUCAACUGCGCCGGCGCCUUCUGCAUCUUCUUCUGCUGCCUAGGCUUCACAUCCUGCAGUUUAGCGGGGUUUAUCCAGUUUGCGAGUGGUGUGGUGGGAGGUCCGGGGUUUGAUCGGUGGGGGGUGUGGAUAAUCCGUCCAGCAACCCUCCUCUACAUCCUCAGCCUAAUGCUCCUCUCCCUUUGCAUACACUACCCGCACUUCAUCCUCACGCACGCACUGGGCUUCGGCUGGUCGAUACGUAUUGUCGCGUUUAUCAUGAUGCCGUUUAUGCUGUUCGUAUGCAUGGUGCUUAAACCGCGGUUUCCGCCACGGAAAGAAUCGAAGAUUUGGAUCGGGGAGCCGUGGCGGCAGGGCCAGUAUGUGGGCUUGGUUGUGGCGUUGUUUUUCAUGAUGAUGGGAAUGUGGACGCCGGUGUUUUAUAUUCCCGUGUAUGCGGUUAGGAGGGGUAUGACGCCUUUGUUGGCGUCGUACCUGCUGGCGAUUAUCAAUGGUGCGUCGACGCUUGGCCGCGUUAUACCGGGUAUUAUCGCGGAUCGGUUGGGCAGGGUGAAUAUGUUCACGUUUGCGGGGCUGAGCACGGGCGUGGUGGUGUUUUGUAUUAAUGUGCCCACGACGAAUGCGGGGAUUAUUGUGUAUUCGGUUUUCUUUGGGUUUAUUUCGGGUACGAUUAUUUCGUCAGGGUCUGCGGCGAUUUCGCUUUGUGCAAAGGAUCCGAGGACGCUGGGGACGUAUAUGGGGAUGGGGAUGGGGGUUGCGGCGAUUGCGGUGUUGAUUGGUCCUCCAAUUAAUGGGGCGCUGCUGGACAGGUAUGGUGGGUUUGAGCAGAUGUCUGUUUUCAGCGGAGUUAUGAGUGUGACGGGAGGGCUUAUUGCGCUAAGCGCUAAAUUUGGCACAGCUGAGGGUAUCUUUGGGAAGUGGCGAGAACCUGUGGGCCCUGGCAGCGACAGAGAGAUGUCAAAGCCAAAAAAACCCAACCCUGAAACACUUAUGAAGACGCCGAGUUUGAAGAAAUACAAGAACGGAUUGGAAGAGAAGGAACCAAAAGAGAUGAGAGAUGGCCAAGGCAAGGAAGACUAUUUCCUCAAAGUAAUUUUUGGCGCACUCAUGGGCAAACUCGAACCCAACAGCUUCAGGCAGAAACCAAUGUUGGAGGCGCUCCUGGAAAAGCUCUAUAGAAAGUUCGUCGAUAAGAACACCAUUAGGAUCAUGGUUAGGAGGCCACGUAUCCGGAAAUUCAUGCUGGAUGUCCACACUCGGUGGCUGUAG